AUGGAAGCACAGUCACUGGCCCAGGUGGACACGCUCUACUCGGCUGACUCGAUCGAGUUCUGCCCCACGCCUGGGUACGAACGGUGGUUUACGUGCGGAACGUACCAGCUCCUCAAGCCCGAAGAGCAGGAGAAGGAAGAGAAGAAGGAGGGACCCAAGACAGCAAAAGCCGAUGACGAGGAUGACGAUGAGGACGAUGAAGAGGAGGAGGUGACCCCUCCAGCUCCCCGCAUCGGGCGCCUGUACCUCUUCUCACUAGAGGACGAGACACCAACCGAGGUACAGAGGAUCGAGACUGCCGCCAUCUUGGAUGCCAAGUGGUCGCCUCUCUCCACCGCCCCCGAGCUCGGCGUCGCGGACGCCAAGGGCGGUCUGACACUGUACACCCUCGCCGACUCGACAUUGACUCAGACCCAAAAACUCGAAGUGUCAGACGAAUCCACCCUCGUCCUCUCGCUCGACCACUCGCGCCUGAACCGCGGCGAGGUCAUCACGUCGCUGUCCAACGGCUCGCUUGCCCACCUGGUGCGCACUGCCACGGGCGAGCUCGAGGUCUCGUCGGAAUGGGCCGCGCACGACUUUGAGCCGUGGAUCACGGCGUGGGACGGCAGCGACCCCAGCACGGUCUGGUCGGGCGGAGACGACUGCAAGCUCAAGCGCUGGGACGUGCGUAUCCCCGACAUGCCGACGUUUGUCAACCGCCGCUUCGACGGCGGCGUGACCACCAUCGCGCCCAGUCCGCACACCGAGCACCUGCUGGCUGUGGGCAGCUACGACGCCCAGUUGCGGCUGUUCGACGCGCGUAACCCCACCAGGCCAUUACUCGAGGUCGAGAUGCCCGGCGGUAUCUGGCGCACGCGCUGGCACCCCUCGAGCGCGCGCAAAGGCGAUAUCCUCAAUGCCUGCAUGCACGGCGGCUUUGGCGUCGUCCACCUCGGCGACGCGUUUGCCGCGGGCGAGUUUGCAGAUGCCGAGGGCGAGGUCGUCAAGACGUUCCCUGGGACACUCGGGUAUGGUGCGGACUGGUGCCGCCGGGACGACGGGGAAACGAGCGUUGUGGCGACGUGCUCGUUCUACGACCACGUCAUGCACGUCUGGCGGGCGUAG